AAAAAAUAUUCAACUCCAAUAAACGUUGUAGAUUAUUUUUAUUACAAGUGAAUUUACAGAAUAACAUAAAAGUGAAUGUUUGACGUUUAUAUUGUCAAGUGAAAAUUAAAUAUUUGUUAUAUAUUCAGAAAAUAUGUCGUUUUUUGGUGUACCCGGUUUAGGAGGAAAUCCUUUUUCAACUCCUGUUGGACAACGAAUUGAAAUAGCCACAGAUGAAAAUCUUCCGUCCGAAAACUGGGAAUUAAAUAUGGAAAUAUGUGAUCUAAUAAAUAAUACAGAUGAAGGACCACGGGAUGCUGUGAAGGCGAUACGUAAACGAUUACAACAGAAUGCAGGGAAAAAUUAUACAGUUGUAAUGUACACUUUAACAGUAUUAGAAACAUGUGUGAAGAAUUGUGGAAAACGUUUUCAUGUGUUGGUUUGCAGCAAGGAUUUUGUUCAAGAUUUAGUAAAAUUAAUUGGACCUAAGAAUGAUCCACCAACAGUUGUGCAAGAAAAGGUGUUAUCUUUAAUACAAUCAUGGGCUGAUGCAUUUGCUGGACAACCAGAAUUAUCAGGUGUGGUAGCUGUUGUUUGUGAUUUGCGUGCAAAAGGGAUUGAAUUUCCACCGACAGAUUUGGAUACAAUGGCACCAAUACAUACUCCACAUAGGACUGUGACUGAACCAUGUGCAGAAGUAGUUCCUCCAGCUUCACAAAUACCUAACGCUGCAGGGGAUUCAAUUGCUGUAAAUCCUAAUGUACCCGUACCAGUGCCAAUUAACGCGCCUCUUGCCCCUGAACAAAUUGGUAAACUACAAAGUGAAUUAGAUGUUGUUCAAAACAAUAUGGCUGUAUUAUCAGAAAUGCUCUCAGAACUAACACCUGGAAAAGAAGAUUCAAGUGAUUUAGAACUAUUGCAGGAGUUACAUUCCACUUGUAAAGCUAUGCAAAUACGUUUGGUUGAGUUAAUUGGAAAAUUGGCAAAUGAUGAACUUACAGCUGAAUUGUUACGAAUAAAUGAUGAAAUGAACAAUAUAUUUUUACGUUAUGCAAGAUACGAAAAGAAUCGUGAAGCUGGAAAUCGAAAUACACCAUCUGCAUUACUUGGUGCAGCCUUGGGUGUUGCAUCUCCAACAAAAAUAGAAGAUGCCCAGGAAUCUUUAAUUGAUUUAAGUGAUGGACCAAGUACAGCAUCUAAUCUUGAAGAUGAAUUUGCUGCAUUAAGUGUGCGAAAUGGAAGUAAAGAUCUUAAAUUAUCCCAAAUUGCCAGUGUACCAGCGCAAAAAGGUCCAAUUGAAAAAGAUGAUGAAUUUGAUAUGUUUGCACAGUCACGUAAUGUAACAUAUGAAUCAUCUAAAACAGGUGGAAGUACAUACAAGGAUAAUUUAGAACCAGAUCAAGUAAGUGGUGGUUUAAGUAGUCUUGCAAAUACACGAACACAACCUCCUACUGUUCCGGGGAGAGAGAGGGAUUUCGACGAAAUGGCUGCAUGGUUGGAAAAUACACCCGGAGCACGAGAAAACAUUCCAGAAGAAAGUGUAACAAGUAGUGAGUUUGAACGAUUUUUGGCUGAACGUGCUGCUGCCGCUGAAGCAUUACCAACAAAUCCAAAUCAACCAUCACCAAAUCGGCAACCUCAACAGCGGCGUACAAAAGACGAUGAUGCUAACUUAUUUGCACUUUGAAAAAAUUAAAAAGUCAAAAAUUAAAGAAUAUAACAGGUUAUAAAAAAAACAUACAAA